CGCACUCUGCAUUCUGAGGAAACACCUUUGAGUCCAAACCGAAAGUAAAGACUCGAUUCUGACGGAUGGAAAUUCACAUUUUGAGGCCUUAAAAACUGACAUAAAUAUAACAUGACGGUCUGAAGUCAGUUUCUCAUGAUGGAGAACAGAGAGAGAUCUUCAUCUCCAGACCCCAGCUGUGUGUCUAUGAAGAGUGACAGAUCCAUGGGUCCUCCUCCUAAUAUCAGUGACGAGACAAUGACCUCUGACCCCAGUAUCUCCAGGAUGAGGAAGAGACAGAGAUCUUCAUCUCCAGACCCCAGCUGUGUGUCUGUGAGGAGUGACAGAUCCAUGGGUCAUCCUCCUGAAUUCAGUGAUGAAGCAGUGACCUCUGACCCCAGCUGUGUGUCUAUGAAGAGUAACAGAUCCAUGGGUCCUCCUCCUAAUAUCAGUGACGAGACAAUGACCUCUGACCCCAGUAUCUCCAGGAGGAGGAAGAGACGGAGAUCUUCAUCUCCAGACCCCAGCUGUGUGUCUAUGAGGAGUAACAGAUCCAUGCCUCUUCCUCCUGUAUUCAGUGAUGAAACAGUGACCUCUGACCCCAGCUGUGUGUCUAUGAAGAGUAACAGAUCCAUGCCUCUUCCUCCUGUAUUCAGUGAUGAAACAGUGACCUCUGACCCCAGCUGUGUGUCUAUGAAGAGUAACAGAUCCAUGCCUCUUCCUCCUGUAUUCAGUGAUGAAACAGUGACCUCUGACCCCAGCUGUGUGUCUAUGAAGAGUAACAGAUCCAUGCCUCUUCCUCCUGUAUUCAGUGAUGAAGCAGUGACCUCUGACCCCAGCUGUGUGUCUAUGAAGAGUGACAGAUCCAUGGGUCCUCCUCCUGAAUUCAGUGAUGAAGCAGUGACUCCUGAUCAACUCAGAGUAGAUGGAGAGCGAAGCAUCUCUCGAGGAGCCGCCUCAGUCUUCUGUCUGAACAACACUUUCACCACCGUCACGCCGUCCCUCAAUAGACAUGAUCAUCCAGUGAAUGAUGAACUACAGAGAGUCAAAGACCGACACAAAACCAGCAUGAAGAGCAAGUAUGAGAGAUUAUUUGAGGGAAUGAAUCUCCAAGAGAAUGAAACCCUCCUGAACAGGAUCUACACACAGCUCUACAUCAUAGAGGGAGAGAGAGGAGGAGUGAAUGAAGAACAUGAGGUUUUACAGAUGGAGAAAUCAGCCAGAACACAACACUCACAAGACACUCCAAUCCACUGCAAUGACAUCUUUAAAGCCUCUCCUGAACCAGGACGCCAGGAGAAACAGCAGAUCAAGACUGUUCUUACUAAAGGCAUCGCUGGAAUCGGGAAAACCGUCUCUGUGCAGAAGUUCAUUCUGGACUGGGCCGAGGGGAAAGACCAUCAGGAUGUAGAUUUCAUGUUUGUGCUUCCCUUUCGAGAGCUGAACUUGAUCCGAGAUCAUCAGUACAGUCUUCACAGACUUCUGCUGGACUUUCAUCCUGAACUUCAAGAUCUGGACUCAAAGAUGUAUGAGGAGUGUAGAGUUGUGUUGAUCUUUGAUGGUCUGGAUGAAAGCAGAAUCCCACUGAUGUUUUCAGACGCUCAGGAAGUUUCUGAUGUGACUGAGUCUUCAUCACUGGGUGUGUUGAUGUCAAACCUCAUGAAAGGAGAUCUGCUUCCCUCGGCUCUCAUCUGGAUCACCUCCAGACCAGCAGCAGCCAAUCAGAUCCCCUCCAAAUACAUCCACCGUCUGACAGAGAUUCAGGGAUUCAGUGAUCCUCAGAAGGAGGAAUAUUUCAGGAAGAGAAUCAGUGACGAGCAUCAAGCCAGCAGAAUCAUCUCUCACAUCAGAAGAGCAAGAAGCCUCCACAUCAUGUGCCACAUACCCGUCUUCUGCUGGAUCUCCUCCACUGUGCUUCAGAAGCUCCUGGAAGAAGAUCUGAGUGCAGAAAUCCCUCAAACUCUGACUGAAAUGUACAUCCACUUCCUGCUGAUUCAGAUCCACAUGAGGAAUCAGAAGUAUGAAGAGAGAGAUCCAGAGAAACUCCUGCGCUCCAACAGAGAAGUGAUUGUGAAACUUGCUGAAGUGGCUUUCCAUCAGCUGAUGAAGGGCAAUGUGAUGUUCUACGAGGAGGACCUGAGAGAGAGCGGCAUAGACGUCACUGACGCCGCAGUGCAUUCUGGGAUUUGCACUGAGAUCUUUAAGGAGGAAUCUGUGAUUCAUCAGAGGAAAGUCUACAGCUUCAUUCAUCUGAGCGUCCAGGAGUUUCUCGCUGCUUUCUAUCAGUUUUACUCGUAUAUGAUCAACAACAAGGAACUGCUGUAUAAAUUCAAAUUUUCCAGAUUUGACUCUCUGUAUGAUCUACUAACAUCAGCAGUAGAUGGAGCCCUCAGGAGUGAUAAUGGACGGCUGGAUCUGUUCCUGCGGUUCCUGCUGGGCGUCUCACUGAAGUCCAAUCAGAGACUCUUACAGGAUCUACUGAUACACACACAGAACAGCUCAGAGGACAUCCGGAGAAUCACACAGCACAUUCAACAGAAGAUCAAAGAUGAGGAGAGUAUUAAUCGUCUCUCAGCUGAUCAAUCCAUCAGUCUGUUCCUCUGUCUGCUGGAAGUGAAAGAUCAGACUCUGUCCAGAGAGAUUCAGGAGUUUGUGAAAUCAGACAAACACUCACAGAAGGAACUCUCUCCGUCUCACUGCUCAACAAUCUCCUUCAUGCUUCAGAUCUCAGAGGAGCCGCUGGAUGAGCUGAACCUCAAGAAAUACAACACAUCAGCUGAGGGCAGAAGAAGACUGAUACCAGCUGUGGUCAACUGCAGUAAAGCUCGUCUUGUUGGCUGUAAUCUCACUGGCCAGGAUUGUGAAAUCGUGUCAUCAGCUCUACAAUCCUCAAACUCUGUCCUGAGAGAGCUGGAUCUGAGUAACAAUGACCUGCGGGAUUCAGGAGUGAAGAUUAUUUCUGAUGGACUGAAAAGCCCAAACUGUCAGCUGCAGAUACUGAGGUUGUUUGGCUGUAUGGUGACAGAGGAAGGCUGUGGUUAUGUGUCUUCAGCUCUGAGGUCAAACCCAUCACACCUGAGAGAGCUGGAUCUGAGUAACAAUGACCUGCAGGAUUCAGGAGUGAAGAUUAUUUCUGAUGGACUGAAAAGCCCAAACUGUCGGCUGCAGAUACUGAGGUUGUUUGGCUGUAUGGUGACAGAGGAAGGCUGUGGUUAUGUGUCUUCAGCUCUGAGUUCAAACCCAUCACACCUGAGAGAGCUGGAUCUGAGUAACAAUGACCUGCAGGAUUCAGGAGUGAAGAUUAUUUCUGAUGGACUGAAAAGCCCAAACUGUCGGCUGCAGAUACUGAGGUUGUCUGGCUGUAUGGUGACAGAGGAAGGCUGUGGUUAUGUGUCUUCAGCUCUGAGUUCAAACCCAUCACACCUGAGAGAGCUGGAUCUGAGUCACAAUGACCUGCAGGAUUCAGGAGUGAAGAUUAUUUCUGAUGGACUGAAAAGCCCAAACUGUCGGCUGCAGAUACUGAGGUUGUCUGGCUGUAUGGUGACAGAGGAAGGCUGUGGUUAUGUGUCUUCAGCUCUGAGUUCAAACCCAUCACACCUGAGAGAGCUGGAUCUGAGCUACAAUCACCCAGGAGACUCAGGAGUCAAGCUGCUCUCUGACAAACUGAAGGAUCCAAACUACACAUUUCAGAUACUCAAUGUGGAUCAUUGUGGAGAGUUCAGGAUUACAGCAGGAUCACGCAAAUAUGCCUGUGAUCUCACACUGGAUCCAAACACAGCACACACUCGACUCAUUCUGUCUGAUGAGAACAGGACAGUGACGAGUGUGGAAGAGCGUCAGCCGUAUCCUGAUCAUCCAGAGAGAUUUGAUGAGUAUCGUCAGGUUGUGUGUGUGGAGAGACUGACUGGACGCUGUUACUGGGAGGCUGAAUGGAGCGGGAGAUAUGCUGAUAUAUCAGUGACAUAUAAAGGAAUCGGGAGGAAAGGAUGGAGUGAUGACUGUGAGUUUGGAUGGAAUGAUAAAUCCUGGAGUCUGAUCUGCUGUUAUGACAGAUUCUAUGUCCAUCACAAUAAGAUCAGCACUGAUAUUCCUGUCGUCUCUUCAUCCUCUAAGAGAAUAGGAGUGUGUGUGGACGUGUCGGCCGGCACUCUGUCCUUCUACAGCGUCUCUGAUACACACACACUCACACACUUACACACACUCUACACCACAUUCACUGAACCCCUCUAUGCUGGAUUUGGGCUUUAUAUGCUUAACUCUUCAGUGUCUCUGUGUGACAUUAAACAGCGUCCUGAGAGAAACAACAGUGACACCCAUAUGGAAAAAAUAUAGAUAAAUUUGACUAAAUGUUUAUAUCUGAAACUUGUAAGUAAUAUAUAUAUAUAUAUAUAACAGUCAGACAAGACACAAAAUCCUUAUUAAAAUUGUGUAAUAUGAUGAUUUAAGAUAAUUUGGGAACUUAUAAUUACUAUAUAUGACAAUAUUAAAUCCAAAACAAUAUUCUUAGUAGAUACACAUAACAUCAAAGUUAUAUGAGUUGGGCAAUCAUUAGUGAAACCAAAAUCUUGCUAUAUUUUAUAAAAACCUUACAAGACAAUAGACGUAUGUAAGAUGUCACUUAUAUGAGACAUUAAAGUACAUGGAAAAGCUCAUGAUGAGAUGACCAAAAAUAAUGUAUAGCAUUUCUAAGAUUUUAUGACACUAGCACUGUCUCAGAUCAGAUUGUCUCAGAUUGUUUUUAGAUCACACUUUCUUCAAUCUCCAUUAGUGAUUUUUUCCAAAGAUGAUUACAUGGGUUAUAUUUGUUGUUAUUUAAGAUUUUAUGAGUAAUUCUAUCCAAUGAAAUAGUCAAAAAUGAUUGUUUAUUUACAGUUAGAUUUUCAAGUUCUUGUGUAUGCAGCAAAUAUUCAAAAUUGGCAUGUAAAAAUAAAAAACACCCAGUUACUCUUUU